AUGGCUUCCAAGCAAGAACCAAAGCUCCCUUUGACGCUUUUGGUGGACAAAGAAAGAAACUGCGUGGUUGCUGCUGAAGCAAGUGGAGAUUUCAUAGACAUUUUGUUCAGUUUUCUCACCCUUCCACUGGGAACUAUCAUAAGGCUUGUGUCAAAGAAGCAAGGGUGCAAUGAAGCAGAAGAGAUUGGUUGCUUAAGCAAUUUGUACCAAAGCUUGGAAAGUUCUGGUGAUAAGGUUUUCUGGAACUAUAUUUGCAAGAAAAUGUUGCUUUGUCCACGCAACCCUUGUGAAGCACUUUGCCAGAAACUGAAGCUGAAGUUGGAUGACACAAUGCCUAUGAGGUACUUCAUGUGUAGCAACAGGUGUAGAAGGGGUGGUGAUUGGUUCUUGAGUACUUUUGCUGAGGCUAGCUGCUACUGUGGGAAGCAGAUGGACAAAGAAAUGAAGCUGCAUGGAGAUUCUAACGAAGGAUCUCAUGGAGAUGGUGUUUUUGUUAAGGGCCGAACCAUGUACCUGAUCUUUGAUGAUUUAAAGGUGCUACAAAGCUCUCCUGGUAACACUGUUCAGCAACUUGUCCAACUUGGCUACAAAAACUUCCACAAGCUGACAAAGAAGUACCUUAAUGUUAGCACAAAGGAGAUUUUGGACUUGCUAAAGCAAGCAUUAACCUCCAAUUCUCCUCUUAGCGAUGUAUUCUUAGAAAGUGGAGGACUUAAGCGAGUGUGCACUUUCUCACCAAAACUUAGACCAGAAAAUCAAAAUCAAGGCUGGAUAAAUUAUAAUUCCAGUAUAAACCUGAAGGUAACAGUGAGAAAAUCAAAGAAAACAAUACUGUAUGCUGAAGCUGAGGGAGAUUUUGUUGAUUUUCUAUUCAGCUUCCUCACAACACCUCUUGGAUGUAUUCUAAAACUCUUGGAUGGAAACUUUUCUAUGGGGUGUAUGAACAACUUGUACAAAAGUGUGAAGGAUCUCAAUCCAUCAUGCUUCACAAAUCCUUCAGGCACUCCUUUACUGAACCUCAGGGUGGCUCCUCAAUUUGGUUUUAGGAGGCAGCCAACAAAACUUUGUGAAGAAUACACUCCUUGCUACUGGUAUGGCACAGGAGUGAUAAAAAAUAAUAUAUGCUUUGCCAUUGGGAAUGGAGUGAUUUCGAAGGACCAUAGCCUUAUAAAACAUCCAGGGGCUAUGAAACUUUUUGAUCCAAGAUCCUCUGACGGCACAAAAGAGUCCUCUUUGGGCUUUGUGAAGAGACCAUCACUAUUUGUUGUGUGGAAUGAUCUGCAAGUAACACCAUUGGCAAAUACUUCCAGCAUUUCAUUUCUGCAAAAGCUUAAUGUUCCACUGGAUGAUUUGGAGGAGCAUGAGCUGAGAAUUGAGGAGACAGAGGCACUAAACCUGUUGGGAGCUUCCUUGACUUCCAAAGCUGCUUUGACAGAAGGCCUGUUCUAUCUCCUGAAGCCAAAGAAACAAGCUAAAGCAUGA